CAAAUACUGGAAUUGUAAGAGAAGACAUUGGAUUUUGCCAAGUCCCUGGACCGCUGAGUUCACGUGCAGUCCCAGUGAAGCCAUGAUGGAUGAAGAUGGAUACCUAACAAUAAAUAUUAAAGAUCGAAAACCAGCUCUCAAUGCAGUUAACUCUGCACCCUCCUCUUCGUGGCGUGUAAUGGCAUUGGCUCUUCUGAUCCUGUGCAUGGGGAUGGCUAUUGGACUGGUGACUCUGGGGAUUUUAUCUGUCACACAACAAAAUCUCCAGAAAGCUGAGAAUGGAAAUCUCUCAGAAACUCUGAAUCAAUUAGCAAAGUACUUCUGCCAAGAUUUAAUAAAGCAAUCAGAACAAAAAGGUAUUCACAACCAUCAAUGCAGUCCCUGUGACACUAACUGGAGAUACUAUGGGAAUAGUUGCUAUGGAUUCUUCAAGCACAAUUUGACAUGGGAUGAGAGUAAGCAGUACUGCAGUGAAAUGAAAGCUAAGCUUGUCAAGAUUGCCAGCCAGGAGAUUCUGAAAUAUAUUAAAGGCAGAACUGGUUUGAUUCGUUGGGUUGGAUUGUCGCGACAGAACUCCGAUGGGGUCUGGAUGUGGGAAGAUGGCUCAGUUUUCUCCAAAAACAUGAUUACGCUUUCUGGUGAUGCAAGAGAGAACAUGAAUUGUGCUUACUUUUAUAAUGGAAAAAUCGUCCCUUCUUCCUGUGAGAGCAAACAGUAUCUAAUGUGUGAGAGGAAGGCUGGGGUGGCAAAAGUGGCUGAACUACUUCAACAAGAAAAUUGAACAGGAUGUCACAGACCAAUGGUUGAUUGUACAAUAAAAAGACUUGAUGAAAGAAUCAGUAGCAUAAA